AUGGAGAGAAAUCACUCGGUCCGCUUCUCGACUUCGACUCCAAUUGAGCAUCGUGUCACUUCGGACAAGCCCUCCGACGAUGGACUUCAGAAGCUCUUGGCCAUGCUCAUGCCACAGGCCAUCGACGAUAAGUACUUUGACAGAAUGGAUCCGUUUACAGCGGCUAGUCUGGAUGUAAGGAGCUGAGAUCGACUUUUUUCAAGUUUUUGUUUGAUUAAACGGUUUAUUGGUACAUUAUUCUACACUAAACGUAUUAUUCUACGCUAUUUCGGAUAUUAUGCUAGGUUUUACACCGAAUUGCGUAGUAACUAUUGUAAAAUUUUAUAAUAUAUUAUUGUAGAUGUUCAAUCCUCGUGCUGGAGAAAAGUUUUCUAUAGCCGAAAAAGAUAUUAACCGUAGUAACGUAGCUGGAUGGACUCCAUUAAUGUACGCUAUAUACCUUGGCCACUACGCAUCAGCUACAGUACUCGUUAAGAAUGGUGCUGCCGUUGAGACCAAAAACUCGAAUGGGCAAACUCCACUUAUUCUGGCUGCUAGCUGCAGUUCUGACAAAAUGGUAUCACUUUGUUUUGUUUUGGGUUUAGAUUCAUGACUUGGAAUGUAAGACAUACUAACCACUAUUUGAAUGUGAAGAACAUUACAACUAUUGCUUUUAGGUCGAUCUUCUUCUUACUCACAAUGCUUGUAUCGAUGUGGUAGAUCAAGAUGGACGUUCAGCACUUCAUUAUGCUGCUUUGUACGACCAAGAGACCGUGGUACUUAUGUUAUUGAACAAUGGCGCUGAUCCUAAUAUGCCAGACAAGAAAAGUGGCUCUACUCCGUUGUUGAUGGCUUGUGAAGGCGGGAAGAUCAAGAUUAUUCACGAGAUGUUGAUGCACGUAAGGUUACUGUACUUUCCUUAGGCUACUAUAGUUAGUUACAAAACUUACCAUAACAUUGUUAUUUGCUAUGAUAUAUAAGUUGUAUAAUGUUACCUUUAGGGUGGAGAUCCAAAGCUUCGAAACGGUCGCAACUACUCUGGAGAAGACCUAGUACAGCAAACCGAGUCCAAGCACGCCAUUAAUCUGGUCAAACAGGUAUACUGUAACGUAAACACGAUUAUUUUUAGCAUGUCGACUUUUACGAAACCCUAAGGCAAGAAGGACUGGAAAAGUACAUUCCCAACUUCCAAUCACAACAUACGACGUGGAGCAAGUUCUUGAAGAUGGGACCUCACGACUUCGACCUGCUUGGUAUCGACUUAUUGGGGCCAAAGAAGAAGUUGGAGAACAUACGAAAGGGUUACCUCAACAAGUACGGGUUGUCGGACCCGGGUCAAGGCGAGGUGGAGGUGGAUGUCAAGAAAAUUGUGAGCAACAUCAUAUUAUCAUAAAUAUAUCUUUUAAAAUGAUUUUUUACAAUUCUACGUAUCUUUUGACCUCUUUCAGACCCGCCCCGUCACACCCAAGUCCACCGCCCCGACCGAGAGCACGGUCUCCGCCGAGAACGUACGUUUCUGGAACUUAUUGUGCAGUUGUAGGUGGCCAAAUUAAGGAUAAUCCAGCGGCAGAUGGUCGACGUUCACCACAAGCUGAGCGGUUUCCUCAGCGCCCAGAAGUCCAUUUCCGAAGCCGAUCUCCGCUCCGUCGUCAACACUGUAGACGAGAUUAACAGCCGCAUUUCACAACUCCUUUAA